CCCGCAGCCGUCUCUCCCCUCGCCGCCCGCAGCCCCCACAAGACGUGUCUUUAUUUGGAGAUGCCGGAAAGCAGCGCAGCCGCCGCGCUCCUGCAUGACUGACACGCACAGGGACUGACUGAGCCUCUGUUUCUUUGCCUCCAUCUCUUUUUCUGCAUCUGUCGUAUUAUUUUCCCGUUGCGGAUCUGUGUCAGGCCAGCCCCGGACAGCAGCAGGUGCUCAAGAUGGCAGAGGUGCAUGGAUUAAUGGAUAGGUUUGAAAAAGCUGUUAUUCAACUUGAGACAAUCCUGUCAACAUCGUGCUUUUCUAAGCCAACUGGGAAUGAUGUCGUCAAUGGUAUUGACGGAGGUGUUGCUCCAUUCGUGGAAGCUUUUGAUGCCCUGUUGGCUGGAACCUUAGAACAGUAUCUCACAAACAGCAAGAUCAUUGGUGGGGAUGUGGAAACACAUGCAGGACUAGUAGAAAAUGCCUUUAAAGCAGAAAGAGCAUUCCUGGUUUAUGCGUCCCAGCACCAGCACCCUCCAGAGGAUGAGGUGGCAUUGAUCUUAAAGCCCAUAUCAGAGAAGAUUCUUGAAAUACAGACAUUCCGAGAGAAAAACCGGGGAAGCAAAAUGUUCAACCAUCUCUCUGCAAUCAGUGAAAGUAUCCCAGCAGUUGGGUGGAUUGCAGUGUCCCCUGCUCCCGGUCCCUACGUGAAGGAAAUGGUGGAUGCUGCUACCUUUUACACAAACAGGGUAUUGAAGGAUUACAAAAACACGGAUGUGCGCCAUGUUGACUGGGUAAAGUCAUACCUGAGUAUUUGGAAUGAGCUGCAAGCAUACAUUAAGGAAUAUCAUACGACUGGGACUACAUGGGGUAAUACAUUAUUUUCAAAAGAGGACACUUCGUACAACAAUGUGACAUCAGGAUCAAGUCUUCCUCCACCUCCGCCUCCUCCUCCACCUCCAGGACCUCCUCCAUUUUCAGAUAUUUUUUCUAGUAAACCCAAAGAUGAUGUCUCUCAAGAUCGAUCUGCGUUGUUUGCUCAGCUCAACCAAGGGGAAACAAUUACAAAAGGUCUGAAACAUGUUUCUGAUGACCAGAAGACUCAUAAGAACCCAAAGCUACGUGGCCAAGGGGUAUCAACCCAGUCUCCUACAAAGAGUCAUAGUCCAAGCCCCACCUCCCCCAAAUUACCUCCUCAACAGGCCUAUCACCCUUUGCUAGAGCUUGAAGGAAAGAAAUGGAGAGUGGAGUACCAGGAAGGAGUAGACAGCUUACUGAUUGCUGAAACUGAGCUGAAACAAGUGGCUUACAUUUUCAAGUGCAAGAAAACGACACUACAAAUCAAAGGGAAAAUAAAUUCCAUAAUAAUAGACAACUGCACAAAGCUUGGGCUGGUGUUUGAUGAUGUUGUGGGCAUUGUAGAAGUUAUUAAUUCUAAAGAUGUUCAGAUACAGGUCAUAGGGAAAGUGCCAACCAUUUCAAUUAACAAGACUGAUGGCUGUCACAUCUACCUGAGUGAGAGUUCCAUAGACUGUGAGAUCGUAAGUGCCAAAUCAUCAGAAAUGAACAUCCUCGUCCCCCACAAUGGAGACUACAAAGAAUUCCCUGUUCCUGAGCAGUUCAAGACGUCAUGGGAUGGCUCCAAGCUGGUCACUGAACCCUCUGAGAUGAUGGGCUGAUCUAAUACUGUCAUUGUAUACAUGUAUCAGCCUCAGCAGAUGAUACGUAAAGCUGCAUUACACUUGUGGCACACUGCAUGUAACCUUAGUAUGAGUACGCAGAACAGAAAUCACUUUAUAUCACUCUAGUGGGCAUUUAAUAAAGCAUCAGAGGAAACAAUUCAUAAUACAUAGGAAAUGUAUGUAUAUAGUUUUUAUAUUACUUCUUGCAGUCUUUUCAAAUAACAGGGCAAGCUGUCUUACUGUACUGUCACAGUGCAGGGAUUAUGCUACAACAGACAUCACUCAUCUGUUCUAUUGUGGCUUAUUCCACUAUCAAAUUGGUAUGUCUUUUCUCUUUCUCUAGAUCUUUCCGGUAUCACAUUGCUGUGUAGUACAGCAUCUUUCCAGAGGCUCAUGUAAUAACACAGAAUUACGGUUCUCACUGAACUCAUAAUCAAAACCUGUGGCACAUAGCAAGCUUCCCUUCACUGUCUAGCAAACACUAAGGGGUUAUUACUAAAUGGUGCUUUAUACCCACUUAUGUUUAGUGGCUUUGCCACUAAAUUUAAGCAGUAUUUUUAUUUUUUUGUUAAAGGCAAUAGACUCCCUGAGUUUUGUGUACCUCUAAAUCUUAUAAGCACUGCAUUUUCUGGAUGGAAAAACGUUACGUGACAUUAAGUUUAGUAAUAACGCUCCAUUCUCCAUCUAUUUAAAAGCACAUGUUCAUUUAAGCUCCGUACACUCUGGACGAUAUAAACGAUAAUGAUCUUUUUUAAAAGAUCUAUCGUUCAUAUCGUCCAGUGUGUAUGGAUGAAUGAUGCGUGCACCCACGGGUCGUUCUUGUUCAUCCAUGAGCUACCGAACAUUCAGCUCAGUGUUAACUAUAUCUUUGAGCUGAAUGUUUGGGGAGUGUGGGGGAUGAUGUCACUGAACAAUAUCGUACACCGUACACGAUAUCGUACAUCGAUAUCGUUCAGUGUGUAUGCACCGGCGAUCUCCCAUAUAGCGCUAAUUGCUAACUAGCUGAAAUCACCCACUGUGUACCCGGCUUUACUGUACGGCUGACUUUGUGCAAGAAGUCAUUUAUAUAUUUUAUUCAUAUCUCACAGUUAAUAUUAAAAUAGUUUGCAAAUAUUGUUAUUCAUUAUUCUGAUGUCUUAUGGUAGAACAACAUUUAAAUAUAUAAUGCAUAUAUAAACUCUGCAACAUUAAGGGCAUCGUAAUGCAUUAAAAUAAAGGGGUAAUGUUUCUUACCUAACACAGGAAAAGAUUCAACUAUAACACUACAUGCAGCAUAUUCUGAAUGACUGUUGUCUGAUUGGGGAAACAACUGAAUUUCAGGUAUUGUUGCGUAACGCCACCCCUUAAUUAAAUGUAUUGCAAAGUUCAGCAACAAUGUUCCACAAAGUAAUGAACAGUAUUUGUGGCCGUCUAACAAUGUCUAUUAUAAUCAAUAGGAAAAGGAGCUUGAUGUUAUACAGCACGUUAAUGGAAAUCUGUAUCUCACAAGUAGAUUGGUUACGAACAAUUUCAAAAUAUAAUUAUUUUAUUCACUAGUGGUUCAAAACAAAAAUGUAUUAAUAAUGAUUUGAAAUCAUCUUAGUGUGGAGUUUCCUUUAACAUCAUAUUAUUAAACUUUUGGGCUCAUAAUGAAAAUUGGUAUCUGAAAAUAUAUUUCAUGCCGUACACUGAUGUUAUAGGCACAACAAGAAUCUGUGGGCAGUGGGUGGUGUGUAAUGUACACAAGAUAGUCACAAUUUCCAGAGCAAGCUGAGUUUUUAUUCUAUAUAUUUAAUUAUACAGUCUUCUAAUAAUCACAGUAAGUACAGAGCAGCUUCAAAAUAAUGCACAUGCCAAGCAAUAGAUAUAAUAUGCACUAUGUAAAACAUCACAAACAAUGUAGUUACUGAGGUUGUUUUAGAUAUUAGUAUUUAUGAAGCAAUAUUUUAUUAGAUCCUCAGAUUAGUGGCGCUGAUACGUAAGAACUGCAGUAUAAAAGGUAAUAAUUAUUUCAACCAAUAAAAACAUCAGUUUCGAGGUUGUCUUUUGUUAAGCUAUUCCUUGACCUCUAGUUGAGGUGUGUAAUGAGGUAUUGGAUUUCCCGUCACUUAGAGUUGUCCAUGCAGAGAACUGCACUGAUUAUCUGUUAGCACCUUAUGUUACUCAUUAUGAGACCUUACUUUUAAAUCUACUUUUUAAUGGGAGCUCCAGUGUUGUAGGACUACUAAGGCUAGGGCUGCAACAAUUAUAAUGGUGCCCACACACGGUGCGAUUAUCGCAUGCGGUUUUAACUUUUUAGUUCAUAUCGCAUUGCGUCUAGUUCAAAUUGCAAGGUGUUUAUGUGCCCUUGCGAUGCGAUGCGCGCUCCCGCGUAGUCCAUAUUGCAAGGUAAAAUAAUAUGUGCAGUCAGGUAUUUUUGUACUACAUUGUAUACAUUACAUAUUGUAGUGUAGUCAAAAUCGGGUGUAGUUCAAAUUGCAUGUAGUUCAAAUAGCAAACCCCACUUAGAUCAAAUCACAUAGCACACAUUAUAUAGGCUGAAAUCGCACCCAGCACAGAUAGCACCACAUGUGGGCACCAUAAGACUUAAGGAACAUCACUGCCUGCUUGUCUGCAGUUAUUCCAUAUCUCACUAUUUAUUUAGAGGAGGCUGCGCUUUAUAAAUAACCUAAAUGCUGGCAAAGGUAUUUCUAUAAUCGUGCUUUACUACAUAACCUUACUCACUAUAUUUCUUGCUAUGUUUGGCUUUCUUUUCCUUUAUUUACAGUAGUCACAAAGAAUGCAAAAAUCUAUAGCAUUGUACUAUGAUAAAGCCAGGGGUGUUAUAAUUACAUUUCCUAUCUGCAUUCCAUUUAGUGUGACCUGCCUUUUUAUUAUAGAGGGCUGAAAUUAGAAAAAACACUGUGUUACUGUCUGUGGCAGUUUUUAAGAAUAAGCACCAAGGCCACUCUUAUAAAUCAAAUAAUUUUCUACAAAUGUCAUAAAACUGUGAGCAAUCAACAAUACUUAUUUAACUUUACUACACAACAAAGUUGUGCUCAGUUACAAUGGAUUAUACCAGAUGUCCGUUUAUUGCACUGUGGGGGUCAUUCAGACCCGGCCGCAUUAACGGCCAUACACACUGUGGUUGCAUCCCCGAUGGAUCCCCAAUCUGAUUGACAAUGGCGGGUACUGCGGGGGCGGAGUUACGGCAUUGGAGGGCGGCAGCGUUUUUGGGGCAGCCGCUCUUAUAAAAAAAUGGCCGCUGACAGCACAGUCAGGGGUCAACUUUAGUUCCGAUGCGUCUACAAUUAGGGGGGCCCCGAGUAUAUGCAGAGAUGAACGCAGAUCUGGCUGCGUAUGCAGCAAUCUGCGUUCAUCUCUGAAUAACCCCCUGUAUCCUUACAUAAUCAUUCAUUUUUUUAUCCUUAAUUUAAAACAGCUACUUGCACGGAGAAAUAACUAUAAACUAUAGAAAAUAGAGAAAUAACUGAUCCAUGACCUUUCAUUGCCAAUGGUAAAGGUCUUAUUCCUAAACUGAACCUUGUUUCCCCCCCAAUAUAUAACUUUUAAACGAGAGGUUCACCUUCAGACAACUUUAUCUUCUAACUAGUGUCGGGUACUUUCUUGGCACUUUGAUUGAUAACAGAACUGCUAUAUAAGUGCAAUUGUUUGCUAUACCCAGACCUCCGUUUUAUCUGUUGUAAACUAAAUACUGGAAGAUAAACCCAUCCAACGGUAUACAGUAUGUUCCAUUGAAUGGUUUAAAAUCAACUUGGACAAUCUUAUUAGGUGAUGUACAGGGUAUUGUCAUGUGUGUGUACAGUGAAGACGUGGUUGUCAUAUAAUGUAACACAAAUAUAUGGUAUCUUGUCUUAGAGUGCAGUAAUAGCAUUUUGGAAAUAGAUACAUAUUUUUUGAUCCCUUGUUAGUUUCACAUUUAAAUAAGGAUUUGAAUUUCUGUAGUCCCUAAACACUUGAAUUACUAAAACAGAGAACUAGAACUUAUUUGUAGUGUUGUGAAGUAUUUAUUAUAGUGUACUAUGUCACUGAUGCUAAAUGAGCAGGACCCAACAAUUUCCCAUUUGAUGAAUAUCCUAUAUAAUAAAAGGCUAACUGCUCCUCACCUCUGUUAUGUGCACAGAUGGCCACUGGAGGCCGCCACACAGACCAAAGGAAAAUGAUCAUGCAGAGAGAUGUUACAGCCUGCUGCUAAUUAUGUGAAAACACUGAUCUGACUGUUUCACACUCGCUGAAUAUGGAGAGAGAGAGAGAGUAGGGGUAGGGAAAGGUUUUUGGUGUGGUAGUUGCCAUUUAUAACAACCUUUCAUAUUCAAAAUUUACUGGAUUUUCUAUCCUUUUGUUUGAUUUCCACUUACGCCUACAUUAAUCUAACACUGCUCCUCACCUCUGUGGUGCCGGUGGCAGCCACUGGAGGGACGAGGAACCCCCUUCCCCUAUGUACACUGCACCCUCACCAUAUACUGCCCCUGUAUACACACUGCACCCUCAUAUCCCUCCAUAUACUGCCCCCUAUAUACAGGGCACUUUCCUCCUCCAUAUACUGCUCCCACCAGAUACCGCAUACUCUGCACCCCCUCCUCCAUACACUAUGCUGCAACCACAGCUUACUUGCCAUCCUGGGACUCGGCAACAAGUAGCAGCAAUAAACAGGAAACGGAUGUAGGAACCACCAGACGGUCCCGCUUCGCUCAGAGCAGAGGCACUGGGUAUAUGUGUGGCCACUUACCGGCGGGGGGGGGGGUUUGAAUCAGUGUGGCAGGAAAGAGUGAGACCUUAUGUGAGGUGAGCAGUGCGGUGACCGGGAGGAGGAGCGUGUCGGCGCUGGGGCUGCAGAUGAUUCGGCAGAUAAUCAGUUCAACUGUCUUAUAUAUGCUGCGCGCCGGUGGAGGGGCUUGGUCCUGUGCUUGCCCCACCCACACCCUGCACAGGCUAUUCCCAGACCCUUCCGUCCAACUGCUGGUGGCUACUGGUGUCUUCCAGACUGGGCAAGAGCUGCGUGGGGACUGGUGAGCUUACAUGUGCCAGUACUGGUGUAUACAGUGCAGCAUUAUAGCCUGCCCACUACAGAUAUACAGCAUCUAUAUAUAUAUAUAUAAAAGUCUAACACUACACCCUCAGCAUGACAGAGCCCCAGCUCCCAGCAGCAGGACUUCCAGAAACCUGGCAGCUCCUGUGUGAGUAGCGACUCCCCACCCAUAUAGCCCAUUUCUGGUGGCCGUCAUUUUGAUGGGCUUUUUACUAGUAUUGUUAUAAUUUCAGUAUAUUGGUAAUUAGCAUUGCUAAUUUGGGAAAAUAUUUCUGAGGUCUAGCUUUUAUAGCCAAAGUGUAUUUUUCAGUCAAUACAGUCUGCCUUCCCAUGCCAAGGGAAACGCUGUUUAAAUGCUACACUACAUUUGCAUUGAUAUGUUUGCGCACAUAGUGGAAGAACAAAGAGUGAGACAGUUGGGAUGCAUCACUCAUCUCUGGCCCUGGUUCAUCCAGUGGAGUACAGACUGCUGUAGGACUUAGUAGCUGUGGGUCCAUUCAAUGGCAGUAGUUUAGAGACUGAUUUUACCUAUUGGUGCAUAUGGUGAAUGUUUCACAAAAAGGAAAAAAACUAUUUACUGUGGCUCCUCUCCUGUCGUUGUUUGGUGGUUCCGUACUUUAAUACAUACUAGUCAUCAUUUAGCAGCUUUGUGUUUGUAUGUGUGUCCUCAGUCACACUCGUUCUUUAUAUUAGUAGACAGAGAUGCUGAAAUUGAGCCCAGCCGUUUAUAGUUUUUACAUAGGUCUGCAUUACAUUGAUCUGGAUGAGAAUUAUUCAAGAUAUCCAUGACCAACGCAAUAUAGUUUCAGUUUAGUUUUAAGAGGAAGGCAUAUGCAGAGGAGCUAUUGUCACACACAGCAGUCACCCAUUGUCACACACACACAGUUGUCACCCAUUGUCACACACACACACAGCAGUCACCCGUUGUCACAUACACACACAGCAGUCACACACAGUAGUCACCCAUUGUCACACACAGCAGUCACCCAUUGUCACACACACACACACACACACACUAGUAACCCAUUGUCACACACACACACACAGCAGUCCCCCGUUGUCACACCCACAGCAGUCAUCCAUUGUCACACACAGUAGUCACACACUGGCACUCACACACACACACACAGUAGUCACCCAUUGUCAUACAUAGCAGUCACCAUUUGUCUCUCACACACAAACACACACACAACCCAUACCAGUACUCUCACCUAGCGCCAUCUCACAGCCUUUGCGCAGAUGGUAGUUAUGGCCUUUCUUCCCCUCCCUGCCCCUCAUGAUCUCCACCUCGCAGGCAAUGUAAGUACAAUGAAUGUGACUGAGCUCAGGGAAGCAGGACUGUUCUGGCCAUGUUUGAGGAAUGAAAAGCAGAGGUCAGGGGAGUAGAGCCGUAGUGACUCUUCUCUUCCCAUGUCAUGCCCAUUCCCCAAUGUCAUGCCCACCAUCUGUAACUAUGUAAGAAAAUGUGCUCCCAGCAGUCGCUAGCUUCCAGACCACUUGUUCCACAGGCUCAGCCGCUCAAUAGAACUUUGCUGCACUCGUGUCUUUUCUUGAAUUGGAAAUGAUCCCUGUGAUUUCAGCUAAAGAUACCCAAAGGUUCCUGCCUACAGUCAAGUUACUGUAUGUAUGGACUAAUAAUACGUAGCAAGUUAAAUAAUGUUUCUUAUCAAUGAACAUCAAUAUCUGCUUUUAUCGACUCUUGUCAGUGAUAAGACUGUCUUUGUAUUAUUCAGCAGUUUAUAUAUAAACAGAAAAAGAAAAAAACAGAAAAAGAAAAAAAACAGCACUCACGUUUUGAUGAAAGAACAGCUGUUUCAACCACAACACAGUGGUUUUCUUCAGAAAACCACUGUGUUGUGGUUGAAACAGGUGUCGGGCUGCAGCUGACAUACAGUCUUCUAUGGAUUUGUAAGAAUAAAAAGAACCUCCCUUUUUUCAUCAAAACGUGAGUGUUUUUUUCUUUUUCUGUGUGCUGGAAAAAGUGAGUGCCUACAUUUAAUCCCUUCUGAACCCUGCACCACCAACCUCAUAACCUCAUUUUCAUUACAGUGUGCUGUGUUGUAUGUAUAUAUAUAUAUAUAUAUAUAUAUAUAUA